CGUUCACGGAUCGGACAUCCUUGGUUUGGGAAAGACCCCUGUAGAAAUUUCGCUUGCCACGUAGUCGCGGCGGCACAACUUGAAGUUUGGGAAGUUUUAUCUUAACUUUGUUGUGCAUGAAACAUUAGUUGAACAAUUAGAGAGUGUUAAACGGUUCUUUAUAUUAAGAUGAUUCCAGAGUUGUGGGCAUGCAUUUUUUCUGCAUUGUUCUUUUAUGUGGAUGGAGCAAAACUUCCGGAACCAGAGGUGAAAAUAGAAGUUCUGUACAAACCUUUCCUUUGUCAUCGUAAAUCCAAAUACGGAGAUAUUCUUCUGGUUCACUACGAAGGUUUUCUGGAGAGUAAUGGCACAAUGUUUCAUUCCAGCCGCCAUCAUGGAGACAAAAACCCUGUGUGGUUUACGUUGGGGAUCCGUGAGGUGAUCAAGGGUUGGGACAAGGGUCUUCAAGGCAUGUGUGCAGGGGAGAAGAGGAAACUGACCGUCCCUCCAGCUCUCGCAUAUGGCAAAGAGGGCAAAGGUAAAAUCCCUCCGGAGAGCACUCUGAUCUUUGACAUUGAGAUCAUCGAGAUCCGAAACGGGCCUAGAUCCCAUGAGUCCUUUCAGGAAAUGGACCUCAAUGAUGACUGGAAACUUUCCAAAGCAGAGGUCAAAGAAUACCUGCGUAAAGAGUUUGAAAGGCAUGGAUAUGCUGCCAAUGACACCCAUCAUGAAGUUAUGGUUGAGGACAUCUUCCAAAAAGAAGAUGAAGAUAAUGAUGGAUUUAUUUCAGCUCGGGAGUUCACCUACAAACAUGAUGAACUAUAAAUACUUCACACUCCUGCAUAACAGCAUCAAUGUUUACCUUCACAGAGAUUCCAGUAUUUUUCUCUUUGGGAUUUACAGCUUGUCGGUAUCAUGUCAUGUUUCAGUAGUUCUAAACAGGUUUUGUUAUCUACAGAUCAUGUCUGUAAUUUAAA